AGGGCGGGGCGGGGCGAAGGCGCGCCCACGCGGUGCGGCCCGGAGCCCUCGGUGGCCGUGCGCUCCGCCUUCUCCCCCCCACAUCCCCAGCCCCAAGACCCUCUUCCCGAAGCCGAGCAUGGGUGCGCGCGCGUCCCAGGAGCCCCGGGUCCGGGUCGGCCUGCGACUGCUGCUGCUAUUUCUGCUCCUGGGGCUGAUGCUGCUGGCGCUGGUGGCCCCUGGCGCGCAGGGGGCUCGGGGCCGCGGGGCUGCGGAUAAGAACAGCCACCGGCGCUCGGCCAGCACCUUCUCGCAGAGCGUGAGCAGCCUGUUUGGAGAGGACAACGUGCGCGCGGCUCAGAAGUUACUGUCCAGGCUGACUGAGCGGUUCGUGCAGGGCGUGGACAUGUUCGUGGAGACAGUAUGGAAAGUUUGGAUGGAGCUCUUGGAAGUCCUUGGACUUGAUGUGUCCAACCUGUCACAGUACUUCAGCCCAGCCUCCGUGUCCAACAGUCCCACCCGAGCCCUGGUGCUGGUUGGUGUGGUCCUCCUGGCCUACUGGUUCUUGUCUCUGACCUUGGGUUUCACCUUUAGCCUCCUGCACCUGGUGUUUGGUCGCUUCUUCUGGCUCGUGCGUGUCAUCCUGUUCUCCAUGUCCUGUGUGUAUAUUCUGCAUAAGUACGAGGGUGAGCCCGAGCACGCUGUGCUGCCGCUCUGCCUCGUCGUGGCCGUCUACUUUAUGACGGGGCCCAUGGGCUACUGGAGAGGCAGUCCCGGUGGCCUUGGCAGCCCCAGUGUAGAGGAGAAGCUGGAGCACCUGGAGAACCAGGUGAGAUUGCUCAACAUCCGCCUCAACAGGGUGCUGGAGAACCUUGACCACUCCAAGGACAAGUGAAGGUCAGUUGCCCGGACAUCUGAGGGCACCAGCCAUAGUGAUGUCAAAAGACAACAGAAGAAGAAGAAGAAAAAAAAACAGCCGGCAGCCAAACCCCAAUCCUCCCAAUAAACCGAGCAAGAAUGCCUCACCUGGUAUUUCCCACUGUGUGUCAACCUUAAGACCCACUGGAGGAGAAAGAACUUAUGUAGAAUAGAACUUAAUCAGAGUGUUGCUGGUGGGGAAAACGUAUUUUUUGAACAAUGGAUAUACCCCUAUUAACUGUGUAGUCAGAGAAAUUUAUCUGCAUAGAAUAUAAAGUUGAUCCCCCCCCCAACAUUUAAAUCUUUUGUAAGGUUUUUAAAUAAAGGCAGAUCCAGUCAAGUUUAUGAGAACUUUGAGGAAAGCACUUGAAGAUCUUAAGGAAGUUAAAACUGGCUGCUGGGUGGGUGCUGUGCGUGUUAUCUUCACACUCCCAAAUGUGACUUUUACGUCUUCUGAGGUUGGAGGUGACUUGGUUCAUGAGUGCUGUCUCUUGUUAUUUUGGACACUUGGGCCUCAGAGUGGAACCCAUCGCCUUUGGAUCCUAGGGACCCUGUGCACUUGGUCAUUCCAUUGUGUUUCUUCAUGCCUUUCUGUUUUUAUGGUGCUGGGGAUGCUGAGCCCACCCCCAGCCCGUCCAUUGUAUUUCUGAAUGAAGGUACCCAUAGACGUCCUGGGAUCUUUUUCUCCUCUAUGGACUUUAAUGUAGUCUAACACCCAGCCUUUCUAGAAGGAAAAUACACAGAUGGGGCUACAAAAUGUCUUUGGAGUUUGAUACCAAAAACUUUCUGGGUGGGCCUUGAAGAUUAUUCCAGAAUCUAACUGAAUCACACAUUCCCUGUUUGCCAGCUAGGCCCAUAUAGCCAACUGGACCCUGGUGGGAUUUACUUAUUUAUUUUGCUUUUAAUUGACUCAAGGCCAUACAAGAUAUUGUUUAUAGUCAGUAACAUCUUUCAUUUCAUUGCUUCUAGAACAUUCUUAGGCAUCAGCAACCUUAAGAUCUAAAUUGUUUGUCCUAAAAUUUUUAUGAUUAUGUGUGUUAGGUGCUUUUUGUCUGGGGUCCAGGGAGUUGUUGUUUUAAUUAAACCUUGGGGAGAAGGGUGGGCAGAGAAUUAGGUCAGAGGCUGAAGAUGACACUGCUCUACCAGGACUCUGUGGAAAGAAAGCUGGCUUUUGCAGGAUGUGGCUGGGACUGCCAUUGACUGUGGUUUUUCAGUGUACCCUGGAGCCACGCUUGGUGGAGGGACCCAGCUGACACCAGCUCUGGUGCCCUGUGUCUGAGAAGUUCUGUUUUGGGCUGCAAGUGUCUGGAAUACAGAUUCGGGUCCUUCUGAAGAUAUGUCUGUUCUCUAGAUGACCAUAUGGGGCUCACACUUUCUUGAAUUUCAUUCACUUGUGGAACCCAUACUGGGGAAGUCUCUCCGUGGACAUUGGACACACGUGACUUCUUGUGUGAAACAUCCACUUAUGUAUUGUUCAGAUACUGUAGACAAAUCUACUUGCAGCUCAGGGUGGAAGUAGCUGGGGGAGGGGCACAUUAGUGGCUAACUCAUCUUUCCUUCCAAAUAUCUGGCCAUAUCAUACCAAAUAUUGCUUUGCAAAUAUUGCCCGUCGGCCUCUAUAUAUCAGCCUCUACAAAGUUGAGCAUCCCUGUCCUUGCCUUGGCUCCUCUCGCUGAUAGCCACAGAGAUGUCCUAGACAGUCCUUUGUAGCUGAGAGUGCAAUCCCAGUAUUCAGGAGGCAGAGGCAGGAGGAUUGCUGCUAUUUUGAGGCUAGCUCAGUUUAUUAUAUUCCAGGUCAGCCAGGAUUACAUAGACCAGAAGCCAGGUUUAGUGGCACACAAGAGCCAGAGGCAGGCAGAUCUCUUGAGUCUGAAGCCAGUCUGGUCUAUAUAGUAAGUUCCAGGUCUAUCAGUUAUAUAUUGAGACCUCGUCUUGAGACAAUAAUAAGAAAAAAAGUUUAAAAAAAAGAUCUGCAAUAUAUUUUCUAGCCUGACCAAAUGUAGACUCUAAAGCCAGUUUUAUAGUUUGAUACACAUAAACACACAAGAUGCCUUCAUUUUAAUUUUUUUCAUUUAAUUCUUUCAGAUAGGGUUUCCCGUACCCUACUUAGGCUGGCCUUGAACUUAAGCAGCUGAGACUGGCCUUAAACUUCUGCUCCCCCUGCCUCCACCUCCUGAGUGCAGGGAUGACGGGUGUGUGACUCCACACCCAUUGUGUGCAGUGAUUAGGGUAGGACUGAGACAGCCUAGAGUCCAGCCCCAGAAUGCCUUCAUUCGAAAUGGAAGAAUGUCCACGGCAGAGUAGAAUGUUACUUGACGUUCUAGUAGUAGAACUUCAGAUGGAAAUGUAUAUAUUUUACCUUGUUUGGUUGUAUUUUUCUUUUUUUUAGGCAUGGUCUCUCUACAUAGCCCUGGCU